UAUUCAUGUCUGUUAAGGUUGAACUAGAUGGCUUGUUUGCGAAAGAUUUUGAGUUUGUCAGUCAAAGCCCGUUUUUAACUGCGCACAAAAGUUUAAUAGAAAAAUCCUUGAAGCAUUCGCCCAAGAUAUCUUUGAAAAUGAGCCAAGUUUGUCUGGACUUUGUAUGGGAGCGAUUACACACCGGACACUGGAGUCUCGUUUCGCAUUAUUGGCGUUCCGCAUAUUCCUUUUUUUCAACAACAGCUGCUUUGGCAUGUCUAUCAAGCAAUUCUAACAAGUUACAGGCUUUGAAAUUCCUUGACUAUGGCAUUAUCAUGGGUGGUGAUGUCGAAAAUGUACUGACAACAUUGGCCCAAGGUAUCCACGAUUCUCUUGAGCAAAAUGAUAAAUUAGAACUGAUAGAAUGCAUUGAAGCCGAUUCCAGAAUAUCAAGACCUUCUUCUAUCGCUGAACACGAAAACAUUGUUUGCGAAGAGUUUUUGAAACUUAUAGCCGCUGAUUUGCCAUUCAAAAUAACUGGUGCCUUAGAAAUUUGGCCAGCACUGAAACGUUGGUCUCUCAAAUACAUUCUGAAGAUCUGCGCUUACAGGCACGUGCCGAUAGAGAUAGGAUCCAAGUACAAUGAUGAGGACUGGACGCAGCAAAUAAUGCCAUUGUACAAGUUUGUCGAAACUUACUUCGCACCGCAGGAAUCCGUAAAAGGAUACCUUGCCCAGCAUGAUUUUCUUGGACAAGUUCCCUUGUUGAGAGAGGAUAUUACCAUCCCCGAUUAUUGCUACAUGACUCCUGAAUUGAUCAAUGGGGCCGAGAAGGGUGAUGUUCUAAUCAACUCGUGGUUUGGACCAGCUGGAACAGUAUCUCCGCUGCACCAAGAUCCAAGACGAAACCUACUCUGUCAGGUGUUCGGAAGGAAGCAGUUGGUGUUGAUACCUGCCUGUGACUCCGAGUACGUCUAUCCUGCAUCAGAUGAUCCCCUUCUGCUGAACACCAGUCAAGUAGACGUCGAAAACGUCGACAAAGAAAAGUUUCCCCUCUUUGAACGAGCCAAUCAGAUUACAGCUGUGUUGAACCCAGGAGAUAUGAUCUAUAUUCCGCCGAAGUGUUGGCAUUUUGUGAAGUCGCUGGAUCCUAGUUUCUCAAUUAGUUUUUGGUUUGAUUGAGCUUCUAAAUAAAAUUUUG